UCUCCAGCUGUACUUCAAAGAAGACGCUCGCUACAACUAGGUAGUGUCGGAGUAGCUGCGAGCCAAGAGAGAGAAACAAACCCGUGUGACCCGAGUCACAGCGCGGUGAAAUCUCAAUCACAUUGGAGUCAUAUAGCUUGGACGCCGCGGAGACUCUCGGCGCUGCGCAGAGCCCGGAUAUGGCUACGUCUAUACUUGGGGAAGAACCACGCUUUGGAACUACACCUCUUGCUAUGUUAGCUGCAACCUGCAAUAAAAUCGGCAACACCAGCCCUCUGACAACUUUGCCAGACUCCAGUGCGUUCUCCAAAGGUGGAUUUCAUCCUUGGAAAAGAUCCUCCUCCAGCUGCAACCUGGGCUCCAGCCUGCCCGGUUUCACGGUGGCGACGAGCCGAGCCUCCACGGGACUGACUCCGACCAGCGGCGCGGGCAACAGCGCCUUCUGCCUCGCCUCCACCUCGCCGACUUCCUCCGCGUUUUCCACAGAGUACAGCGGCUUGUUCUCCAACUCCACCGGCGUCACGACGCAGGAGUCCGGCCAGUCCGCCUUCAUCUCCAAAGUUCACACAUCGGCGGAGACGCUGUACCCGCGGGUAGGGAUGGCUCACCCGUACGAGUCCUGGUACAAGUCCGGCUUCCACUCCACCAUUUCCGGCGACGUCGCCAACGGCGCGUCCUCGUGGUGGGACGUCCACGGCAACCCCGGCUCGUGGCUGGACGUGCAGAAUCCGGCCGGUACCCUCCAGACCUCGCUGCACUCCGGGACGCCCCAGGCCAUCCACUCCCAGCUCAGCGGCUACAACCCGGACUUCUCCUCCCUGACGCACUCCGCCUUCAGCUCCACCGGAAUCAGCCCGUCCGCGUCUCACCUUCUGUCCACCAGCCAGCACCUGUUAACGCAGGACGGCUUCAAGACAGUCAUCCCCACUUACACAGACGCUUCCGCCGCAAACGCCAUGAUCUCGGGCGGCACUUCAGGAAUAAGUAGCUCAUCCCGGUCCUCCAGGCGGUACUCCGGUAGAGCAACAUGUGACUGUCCGAACUGCCAGGAAGCCGAGCGGCUGGGGCCCGCCGGGGCCAGCCUGCGGAGGAAAGGACUGCACAGCUGCCACAUCCCGGGCUGCGGUAAAGUCUACGGGAAAACAUCCCACUUGAAGGCGCAUUUGAGGUGGCACACCGGCGAGCGGCCUUUUGUGUGCAACUGGCUUUUCUGCGGCAAAAGGUUCACUCGGUCCGACGAGCUGCAGAGACACCUGCGCACCCACACCGGUGAGAAACGGUUCGCCUGUCCGGUGUGCAACAAGCGCUUUAUGCGCAGUGACCAUUUGAGCAAGCACAUCAAAACGCACACGGCGGGCGGAGGGGGCAAAAAGGGCAGCGACAGUGACACCGACACCAGUAACCUGGAAACCCCAAGGUCCGAAUCUCCAGAACUUAUUUUAGAGGGAGUGAACCCCAGAAUCACAGUUAAGGAUCCGUCUCCUCAUGAUGAACCAUGAGGGCUUGAUUCUCCAAAACAAA